GGUUGCUGCUGCUGUUCAUCCGAAGUUCGCACGUCCGUUUGAAACAUAUGUUGGAUCUGGAUCUUGGAUCAGGAUCUCAGACUCUUGGCCUGCUCAUUAAAGCUUGAUUCUUCAUUUCUACAAAAGGUCACACACCAAGUCACACUGCAGAUAUCAAGUUUCAUAUCUUUGGCAAGGUAUAUCCACUUCGUAAGAACUUUCUGGGACAUGAGUAGUACAGACGGAAGCAUUGAACAAGAAUUGGAUGCUGACUUAUAUGGAUCUGGGUCAAAAUUUUCUGAUGACAGUGGCAUUGAAGAUUCUUGGAAUGAAGAAUCAUCUACCAUGCCAUCAACAGCAAGCACAAAAAAACAGGGCGAGGACAACAUUGAUGAAAAUACAAAACUAAUUCCUAGUGCUGAUGAAAACCCAUACCCACCAUUCUCCCAACUCACACCACCCAGUGAACAAUGCACAGAAGUAUAUAGGCCAUUCAAUAUUUAUCCAACAACUUCACCAGAAUCAACUGACAUAGUCAGAUGUGAUGUUAAAGAUGCCAAUGCAGUGGAAGGGGUGUGUGGAAUUGAGAACCUCGGCAACACAUGUUUUAUGAAUGCAGGGCUGCAAUGCAUUUUUGCUUCUACUCUGUUCCAGCAGGCUAUGCUCAAGGAAAUGUCACUAGGGUCAUGCCAGAUGAAUCCAGAAAAUUCUCAAUCUGUGGUACGAAUGGUUGACAAAUUCCUGGAAAUUUUCAUGAAACUCAUAAGUGGAGAGUAUGCUUAUUUGUAUCCAAGAGACUUUCACAGUGCUUUGACACAGGUCCUACCGUUAUUUGGAGACAGAAAGCAGCAUGAUUGCCAGGAGUUCGUUUCAUUUUUACUGAACACACUCCACGAUGCCUUUAACCGUGUCAGCCCAUUGAAAAAGUUUUCGCCGAUAAAAGAGAUAAGGGAAUCGUCCCCCCAGAUGUCAAAUCUCAGACUGGAAGGCUCUUCGGAAUCCGAGAACGACGAUGCUCAAGAUACGGGAGAAGAAGUUCCUAAAAGAAUGAGAAUGGAUCAACUUGAUUCAGAACCUGAUUUUGGCGUUGAAUGUGAUGAGAGGCUCAAUCCAGCCCAAACUGCUUGGAGAAAUUACGUUGAGCAAAACAGAUCGUUGAUUGUUGAUACAUUCCAAGGUCAAUUUAAAAGCAUGGUUACAUGUGAAAAAUGCCACCAUGUCUCGGCCACAUUCGAACCUUUCAUGCACGUGUCUGUCCCAAUUCCACAUGCUAAUGAGCAGCAAGUCUUGGUAACAUGUCGGCUGCAGACACAAUGUGUACCAAACAAAACACGCCUUCAAACCCAAAGAUUCGUAGUAACGGUGAGUAAAAAUGCAACGGUCGGCAAUGUGAAGGACCAGCUCAUGAAGGCAAUCAAAUUUGACCAGAAAGUGGAGGAAGAAGACUUGAUUAUGGCUGAAGUGGCGAAUGGAACUUUACUCAGAACACUUGUCCCUGAUAUGGGUCUGCAGUUUCUUAAGCUGAAAGAAAACAAACAGUUGUAUGCAAUUGAGUGCCUGAAAAUGAAACCAGUUGAAAAUGAUCCUGGUUUAGUUAAAGAAGUAAUGGGUGAAGACAGUGGAGGUGUACUGCCACGUGAGGGUCCAACGGGGUGGCACACGUGUGGCAUUUGCCUAGAGGACAUAUUUGAUGACGAUUUGAUGAUCCAUGGCAUCUGCGGUGGGGUUCUCUGUAGUGAUUGUUUAGAAGCAACUGCUUGCUAUCACUCUGGGAAAAGCUUCCCCUGCCCGGUUUGCAAUGCAACUGUAGACGAGAAGUCUUUCAGUGGUAUUACCAAAUCCUUAAAAGGUGCAAAUGUAAAAAGAACAGUCCUCAUUCCAGUACUCAUGCGCAACGUCACACAGCCACUGCAACAGGGGCAGGAUGCCAGCGUGUCUCCAACAGAAAAGUUUCGUGCACUCGGGCACCCAGCUGUGUUUUUAUUCCCGCAUACCAUUAAGUCCAGUGACAUCUGGCAAGAACUGAAGCGGAUUGCUCCCAGCGCAGAAGACCUGGUAUUAUCUCUCGUUUUAACAGAUGCUCAGGGGAUGUCUUGUUCUCGAUGUGACACUUUUGCAGACUGUUCUGGAUGCAAUAUAGAAGAUGAUGACAAAAUUAUUCAAUUUAAGCCAGGGGAUCACAUAACAAUAAGUUUUCAAAAGAUUUCUCCAGAACUGCUAAAAGAGCUUUCGGAAGUGAAAGAUGAUGUGUCAGUUAGCUCACUCAGAAAUGGUGACAUGGUCAAACUCGGCGAGUGUUUUGAGUAUUUCUGUGAGAGUGAAAUUCUUGGUGAAGAAAAUCCUUGGUUUUGCCCGAAAUGUCGGCGCAACCAAAAUGCCACGAAGUGUAUUUCCAUUUCAAGAUGGCCAGAGGUACUGAUUGUGCAUCUUAAAAGAUUUUAUUUUGAAGGCCUACAAAGUGCAAAAGUGAAGUCACCGGUCGAUUUCGAGCUAAACAAGUUCAAUUUAGAUCUGGUUUGCAGCACAGAAGCUUUAGCUAAAGAUAGCUGUAUCUUUGACUUGACUGGUAUUGUCUGCCACAAAGGAAGUCUUACCAGUGGCCACUACACUGCUUACUGUAAACAUGACAAUACAUGGUAUUUUUUCAAUGACGAAACCACCUGUGAGGCGGAUAUUUCAUCGAUCCAGUUAGAGGAUAUCUAUAUGCUUUUUUAUCAAAGAGCUGAAGUUGAAAGUGCAUCCUAGUGGGUUACUGGAAUUACUUGGAGUUGUGCAACAACAGCUGGUUUGUUGAGUUGCUCAACAAAAGGGACGUUUGAUUUUAAUCAGAAGGACGGAGAAGAACGUCAUUGAACAAGCGAGUAAUGAAUGGGAUUGUCAACCAAGUAACGUUACUGACAAACAUGAUUAUCAGUGUUGUUUAUAACUAUGACGUCAUCAAGAACAGCCACCCCGGGAAGAAAGUGAUAUCCCUUCAAAAUCCCACAGUUGUCCAUUCAUAUUAUGUAGACAAAUGGUAUUCUGUCAUUAAAUGCAAGCACCGUGCCUAUUAGGGAACAUAAUAUCUCUCUGAAGUCACUUAACCUGUGAUUGAUAAAAUGUAAAAUAUUACGAACAUGCCAGAUUAUGUUAUAAAAUAAAGAGUAUUCUGGACGGAGCAACAAACAGGCAAAUCUUUGACGUCCCCUGAAAAGUAAGAAUUUUCCAACAAGCCCGACAUAUUUCAGAAAAAAGAGCGUCAUCUUGUCACGGUACUACUAGAUAUAUUAUCAGUCACUUAGAGUUAACCCGCAACAACGUUGGCAAUCACGGGAAAUUAUCUUGAAAACAUCGAUGCUUCAAUGGACACACCUUGUAAGGAUAAAAGCCUAAGUUGGGCACCCUAGAACAAGCCUGCUAUGAACAAGCCAUAAUUGCAGUCUAGGGUAAAAAACCAGAGCCAAGCUAAGACCAGUUAGCUACAGAGGUUGAUAUAAUGUAAAUGGGUUGAUACAUUUGUACCAAACAGGCAUUAUCAAUCUAAAACCUUUUAUCAUCAUAUAGAAUUAAUUGUUAAAAAGCAAAAACAGUAUCAUAUCAUUAAGCAAAGAUUCUUUCAAACCCAUGCAGCACUUUAAAUGUCAGAUUCUUGUAAAUCUUUUUAACCAACUUGUAAAUGGGUCAUUAUCAAAAUUUUAUUCUCCACCAGCAUUUUCA